CCGGUCUCAAAGAGGCAUUUUCCCCGCUGCACCAUGCUAUCCAGAGCCGCUCUGACCUCAGCCUCUGCCCUGAGGAAAACUGCCCCUCUCAGCGUUGGACUUCUGAACCAAUGCAGGUCAUUUCACAAGGGGCAGCCUGCCAUGGCUCCAGUGCCCCCACUUCCAGAGAAAGGAGGAAAGGUCCGUUUUGGUCUGAUCCCUGAAGAGUUCUUCCAAUUCCUUUACCCCAAGACAGGAGUCACAGGCCCUUACAUGCUGGGCACUGGUCUCCUUGUUUACCUUUUGUCAAAGGAAAUAUAUGUCAUUAAUCAUGAGACUUUUGCUGCUGCCUCUAUUGGUAUUGUCAUCGUUUAUGGAAUCAAGAAAUUUGGGCCCAGCGUGGCAGCCUUUGCUGACAAGCUCAAUGAAGAGAAAGUUGCUAAGGCUCAGGCAGUGAAAGACUCUGCACUUAAGAAUCUGGAGCGGGCUAUUGAAGAAGAAAACAAGGAACAGUGGAGGGUUGAAGGAAGGCACCACCUGUUUGAUGCAAAAAGGAACAAUGUGACGAUGCUUCUGGAAAUUAACUACAGAGAGAGAAUUCUGAAUGUUUAUAACGAGGUUAAAAAGCGUUUGGAUUAUCAGGUAGCUCUGCAACAUCUCCAGCGUCGCAAGGAGCAGGAUCAUAUGAUCAACUGGGUAGAAAAAAAUGUAAUACAGAGUAUUACCCCCCAACAGCAAAAGGAGAGCAUUGCCAAAUGUAUCACAGACCUGAAAGUUCUAUCCAAGACUGCACAAGCAAGUGUUUAAUUUCUAUCCUGCUGAAGAAUUGUAUCUGCAGGCUCCAUCUGUCUGAGAAACUUUCUGUGUAUAAAUGUUAAUAUUUCUACACUCUA